AUGUCGCUCUCAUUCAAGGGCCAUACCGUCGUAGUCACCGGCGCUGGUGAAGGCCUCGGCAAGGCAUAUUGUCUUGUAUUUGGUUCGCGCGGCGCGAAUGUCGUGGUGAACGACUUCAACGCUAAUGCUGCACAAGGCGGCGGAAGCGCCGUCGCACAGAUCGGGUCUGUAACGGAUGGCGCGGCAGUCAUCAAGGCCGUUGUCGACGCCUUCGGCACCGUCACCAUCCUCGUCUACAAUGCCGGAAUCUUGCGGGAUAAGGGCUUCAAGAACAUGACCGACAAGGAGUGGGACCAGAUCCAGGAGGUGCACCUCAAGGGCGCAUUCGCUUGCACUAAGGCUGCAUGGCCCAUCUUCCGCAAGCAGAUGUUUGAUCGUAUCGUCAACACUGCGAGCGCAGCAGGUAUCUUCGGUGCGCUUGUCCUUCCCUUCCUAGCGUGUCUCAGAGUGUGCUCAUACAAUUACAACAUCUUCUCCACUGCCAUCGCACCCAUUGCCGCCUCAGCAAUGACCGCAACAAUCAUGCCGUCAGAAAUGCUUGAGCACUUCAAGCCCGAAUACGUCGCACCACUCGUAGCACUCGUCACACACCCGGAGGGCGUCGACGCGAACAACCGCGCCUUCGUUCUCGGUGCUGGAUACGUCUCUAAGAUUCUCUGGGAACAGGUCACGCACUUCACCAACCCCGACCACCCGCAGAGUAUGCAGGAUGGCAACAUCAUCGAGAAACUCGAGAAGACCAAGAACAUGAAGCCGAACGAGCAGGCUACGCCCGAGACUCGCUUCGACGGCAAGACCGCACUCGUUACUGGUGCAGGAGCCGGUCCGGGACGCGUCUAUGUGCUCAUGCACGCUUGUCUUGGCGCGAACGUCGUUGUUAACGAUGUAAGCGAGAAGGACGCUGCCGCUGCGGCUGUCGACGAGGUCAAGCAGGCUGGUGGCAAGGCUGUUGCAGCCGUUUGCUCUGCAGAAGAUGGCGAAGCUAUCGUGAAAGCGGCUCUCGACGCCUUCGGCGGCGUUCACAUCCUCAUUGCAAACGUCGAUAUCCUUCGCGACAAGUCCUACACUGCCAUGAUCGAAGCCGAAUGGGACGCCGCCAUCGCUUGUGCGAAGGUCGUAUGGCCCAUCUUCCAGAAGCAGAAGUACGGCCGUAUCGUGACGACUCCUUCCGGCGAUGGAAUCUACUACAACUCCGGGCAAACGAACUACACGACCGCGAAAGCAGCUAUCAUCGGCCUGACACGCACGCUCGCGAUCGAGGGCGCGAAGUACAACAUCCUCGCUAACGCCAUUGCGCCGUCCGCUGGUACAGCUAUGACUAUGACGGUCUGGCCGAAGGAGAUGGUCAAUGCAUUCAAGCCCGACGUUGUCGCACCUGUCGUUGGGUAUCUUACGAGUGAGGAGAACGAGACGACUCGUGGGCUGUUCAAGGUCUCGGGCGGUCGGGCUGCGCAGGUUCGCUGGCAGCUUGCUGGCGGGCAUGGUUUCUCUAUUAAGAAGGCGCUCACGCCCGAGGCGAUCAAGGAGAAGUGGGCGAAGAUCACCAACUUCGAUAAGGAGCUCCAAUGGACGUUCGAAAACCACGAAGACCUCUCAGCAUUGCCCACGUUCGGCGUCAUCCCACAGUUCCCCGCCAGCAGCUCACUGCCUCUCGACUUCCUGCCCAACUUCAACCCCGUGAAGCUCUUGCACAGCGAACAGUACCUCUCCAUCAAGGGCCCGAUUCCGACGACUGCCGAGCUCGUCAAUAUGGCGCGCUUGUUGGAGGUGCUCGAUCAGGGCAAGGCCGCGGCCGGCACUGCCAUCGUCACGACCAAGGGCUAG